AUGAACAAUAUCCAGCAAAAGCUACCCAGUUUUCGCAGCAACGAUGUCAUGUAUCUCAUCAUCGAUCAGGUUUUCCACGAUGAAGCACACUACCCGCAGAGGACCUAUGCUCGUGGGCCUACUUGGGCAACUCGUGCACCGACCAAAGACAUAGAUGCCGCUCUCAUCCGAGCUGAAGCUAUUGUCUGA